AUGUGGGUAGAAGCUUUCCCUCUCCGGCUAACCACCACCGACGCUGUAGUCAAUCGGCUGGAGAAUGAAGUAUUCGGGCGAUACGGGUUCCCAAGGGCGAUAGUUUCCGACAAUGGCCCACAAUUGAUCUCCGUCACCUGGGAUGCCGCACUACAACACUGGGGGUGCUACCAUUGGACGACACCUAUCUUCCACCCCCAAGCCAACCCCGUGGAGAGGCGGAACCAGGAAAUAAAGAAAGGAUUACGCAUACACCUCGACGGGGAGACUCCACAGAUGUGGGACAGGAAACUCCCCAUCAUCCUCUUCACCCUCCGGACGAGAAAAAAUGCCGCCACGGGAACGACGCCCAGCAAUGCCCUGCUUGGAUAUGAACUCCCCAGGCCAGGAGAAUGGCAUGCGACUCAAGCCCCGGCAACUCCCAUCGGCCAAGGUGAAGAACACGAGGAACGGAUCCGGACAGUCCAUCGCAACCAGCACCGCUACCGAUCCAGGUACGCGAAUGUCGGACCAACCAGGGCGCAGUUCUAA